CUGUGCACAAAUCACCCCAGUAGUCUGCUCCUCACACAACAAAACACUGUAAAUUACGAUAAAUAUUGAGAGACAGCAGAUUUAUUUAUUUUUUAUUGUCUUCCUCAGUGUACCUGGGAAACACCGUGCAGUGCGGUUGUGUGUGUGUGUCCUCUUUUCAUUUAAACACCAGGGAACGGGACCACAGAGGCACAGGAGGUCAAUUAAGAGCAACGGCAACCCUCCGAUCCGGCAAGCAGGUUGGCGGCAGCGAUGGCGGUGGCGGCAGCAGCGGUGGUGAGGUGGACGGCAGGGACGGAGGGGCGGUACAGGCUGCGGACAUCAAGGAGAAAAAGAACGUGCGGAGAAGCAAGGUGGCAUUCAGCAGUGUGAUCCUGGACCUGGUCGGCUUGACGGUGGUGGUGCCUCUGUCUCCUGCUCUCUUUGACUGUUACUCCAAGCACGACUCCAGCGGCUUGUAUUCCUCUGUGCUCUCCUGUGUGACUUGUUACCAGCAUAUCAUCGGCGUCCCUGCGAGGUUCCACUCUGUCUUGUUUGGUGGUAUGUGGGGCCUAAUGAUGAUGAUUCCUGCUUUCAUCCUCAUCGGGGCUAACGAGACCAACCUGGGGCUGUACUCUGGACUGACGCUGUAUGCCAUAGCUGACAUGUGGAGUCCCCCAGGGGACCAAGAUGGGUCCUCUAUGCUUCCUCCUCCUCAUCAACGACGCCCUCACCGACACCCCUCAUCGCUGGAAGUAUGUGGACGACUGCACCGUGGGCGUCCCAGUUUCCACCAAGAACCCGGACUACUCGCCACUGCAAGCAAUUCUGGAGCGACUGCAGACGUGGACAGAGGAGAGCAGGAUGACCAUCAACCACAGCAAAACUGUGGUGAUGCAUUUCUGUACCUCCUGUGUACCAGUGCCCCCUCCCCGGCUCACAGUGGGCCCUCACCCCCUCCAGGUGGUCCAAUGUGCCAAGCUUCUCGGAGUCACGGUGGACGACCAGCUGACCUGGCAGCAGCAUGUCGCCAGCACCGUGAGAUCCGCUACCUACAGCUGUACAUGCUGCGCAGACUCAGGUCGCUGGGGACGCCGACAGAUGAGUUAAGGGGGGUGUACCUCACCUUCAUCCUCCCCAAACUCAUGUACGCCUCCCCAGCGUGGUCCUCCUCCCUCACACACACUCAACAGCUACAGCUAGAGAGUGUGCAGAAAAGGGCGUGCAGGGUCAUCCUUGGCCCUGCAUACACCACCUAUGAAGAAGCCCUGACCACCCUGAGUCUGUCCAGAAUAUCCACCAGGCACCGAGAGGCUCUGGAGAAUGUGGUAAGACUGGUGACAGCUGACCGGGGGGUCGAGGUGGUGGGUGUGGGUGACCACAGUCAGCAGCAGCAGCAGCAGGUCCACGGGGCACAGCAACAGUCACUGCGGGAUGCAAGGUUGGCACGGAUUAGUCAACAGAGUGAGAGGCAGGCGGCGGCGGCGGCGGCGGCGGCGGCGGCGGCGGCGGCGGCGACGGCGGCGGCGACGGCUGCCACACCCACUCUCUUCACGUCUCCAUUGCUCUGCCUGUGGAUUAUCAAAGGCCCCGCCCCUGUCCCGCCCUCACCGCGCCGCCCCGCGCCUCAUUGGCCCGCGACGCGAGCCCCGCCGCGGCCGCCGCUGGUGAUUGGGUGGCCGUGGCGCGGUGACUGA